AUGGUGCCUCGUCGCCUCAACCGGCAGACGCGCGCGUCGCCUCGAUCGACUGCCGGACGCGCACGUCGCCCGAUCGACCGGCGGACGCGUUCGCUCGUCGCCUCGCUCGACUGGCGGGUGCGGCCAUCACUCGCUCGAUCAACAGGCGGCCGCGCUCAUCGCUCUAUUGACGAACUCAUCGCUCGCUCGCUCGCUCGGCCGGACGCGCACGUCGCCUCGCUUGAUUGGCAGACGUACACGUCGCUCGAUUGGCAGACGGACGCGCUCGCUCGGCUGGCCGGACGCGCACGUCGCUCGAUCGACUGGGGCAGACGCGCUCCUCGUCGCCUCACUGGCCGGACGCGGCUAGUCGUCGCCCGGUCGAUUGACGGACGCGCAGCUCAUCGCGUGAUUGGCGGACGCGCCCAUCGUCGCUCGCCCGAUCGACCGGCGGACACGCUUUUCGCUCGCGCGAUCGACUAG